AUGACUAGAAAUUUGAAGAAAAUAUCUGACGAAGAACGAGAGUCUAAUCUGGGUAGUGUAUACGGUGUAUCUGGUCCCGUUGUUGUAGCACAAGGUUUGGAUGGCGUGGCUAUGUACGAACUGAUUAGAGUAGGCCAUGACGAGCUCAUUGGUGAAGUUAUCAGAAUAGAAGGGAAGUUAGCUAUAGCGCAGGUCUACGAGGAAACUUCAGGUUUAACCGUUGGUGAUCCCGUACUCCGCACUGGAAAGCCAUUAUCAGUCGAACUUGGUCCUGGUUUGAUGUCCAAUAUUUAUGACGGUAUACAGCGUCCUUUGAAGGGUAUUAGAGAGAAAUCUCAAUCAAUCUAUAUCCCUAGAGGUAUCAACACAGAUGCACUCGAUAGAUCCAUCCAGUGGGACUUCAACCCUUCUGUCGCAAUCGGCGAUCACUUAUCUGGUGGUGAUAUUUUCGGUAGCGUAUACGAGAAUUCACUCCUUAAUGAUCAUAAAAUGAUGCUCAACCCACGCGCUCUUGGUACUGUCACUCAUAUCGCAGAAAAGGGUGCUUACAACGUUGAUGAUGUCGUCCUUGAAACUGAAUUUGAAGGCAAAAAAUCCAAUCACACAAUGGCACAACUCUGGCCAGUCAGAGCUCCACGUCCAGUCACUGAGAAGCUCACCGCAAACUACCCACUUCUCACCGGUCAGCGUAUUCUCGACAGUCUGUUCCCGUGUGUUCAAGGUGGUACAACUUCUAUUCCUGGUGCUUUCGGUUGUGGUAAAACUGUUAUCUCACAAGCUCUCUCGAAGUUCUCUAACUCUGACAUCAUCGUUUACGUUGGAUGCGGUGAACGUGGUAACGAAAUGGCUGAAGUAUUGCUUGAAUUCCCUGAACUCACUAUUGAAGUAAAUGGUCGUGAAGAACCUAUUAUGAAACGUACUGCACUUGUCGCAAACACAUCAAAUAUGCCGGUAGCAGCACGUGAAGCGUCCAUCUACACUGGUAUUACAAUUUCUGAAUACUUUAGAGAUCAGGGUAAGAACGUUGCCAUGAUGGCAGACUCUACCUCCCGUUGGGCAGAAGCCUUGCGUGAAAUUUCUGGUAGAUUGGCUGAAAUGCCUGCUGACUCUGGUUACCCUGCCUACCUUGGUGGUAAAUUAGCCUCCUUCUACGAAAGAGCAGGUCGCGUAAGCACUCUUGGAUCACCAAACCGUGAAGGUUCAGUUUCUAUCGUCGGUGCCGUCUCUCCCCCAGGUGGUGACUUCUCAGAUCCUGUUACUUCAUCUACACUCGGUAUUGUCCAGGUUUUCUGGGGUUUGGACAAGAAGCUUGCUCAAAGAAAGCAUUUCCCAUCUGUUAACUGGAACCUCUCCUACUCAAAAUACACGAACGUCCUUGAGCCAUACUACGAAGAAAACGCACCAGGAUUUAUAGAUUUACGUUCAAAAGCAAAGUCAAUCCUACAAAAAGAAGAAGAUUUAGCAGAAAUCGUACAACUCGUUGGUAAAAGUGCAUUAGGUGAAAAUGACAAGGUUACAUUAGAAUUAGCAAGAAUGUUGAAGGAUGAUUUCCUCCAACAAAAUGGUAUGAGUGAAUACGAUCGCUUUUGUCCAUUCUACAAGACUGCUGGUAUGCUUAACAACUUUAUCACUUUCAAUGAACAAGCGCAAAAUGCAAUCGCUGAUGGUGACUUAACAUACAACAACAUCAAAGAAGGUGUUUCUGAUGUUAUGUUCAAACUUUCACAGAUGAAGUUUGAAUCACCUUCACAAGGUAAAGAGGAUAUCACAGCUAAGUUCGAUCAACUUAAUACCGAAAUUCAAGAGAAAUUUAGACAGUUGAUUGAGUAA